AUGGGUUACAAAUCAAAAAGUAAACAAAUAAAUAAUAAUUUUAAAAUUCGAGGAUUAAUAUUUGAUAGUGAAGAAGAUUAUAUUAUAUUUAAAAAUAUUGAUAAAAAUAUUUAUCAAACAGUUAAAUCAGUUAAUGAUGGAAUAAUUGAUUUAAAAGAUGUUUUUAAUAAUGUUAAAAAAAUUAAUGUAAAAGAAACUUAUUAUGAUGCAGGUGAUGAGUUGGAUGUAAUAUUUAUAAAUGCAACAAGUUUAUUAAUGUAUGAAGGCACAAGAUUUGAAAAUGAUUAUAAAGUUGGUUGUUGUUUUUUCGAUAAGAUUAAUGUAAUAGAAUAUUGUGAUAGUGAUAGUGAUAGUGAAUAAGUAAAAAAAUAUUUAUUUUAUAACAUUUUUUUGUUAUAAAAUUAAUCUUUAUUUAAAAAAUAAUACAAACAACUAAUAAAAUGUAUUGUCAUUGUAGAGAUGAAUAUGAUUGGUUGAUGAAAAUGUUAGAAAAAGGUAAUUGUUUUAGUGAUUAUGAAUAUUUAAAUAAUUUUAUUGAUGAUGAUUUAUUAAAAUUACGUUAUAUGAAAAAAAGAUUUGGUUAUUUAUUUUAUGAUAAUGGUAAAUAUAUAAAAAAAAUUGAUGGACGUAAUUCUAUUUUUGUUAAUAAAGAACAUCAAUAUGUUUGUCGUAAACCUGAAGAACCAACUUAUCAUGGAAUUGAUGAAAAUGAAUCACCAUUUAGUAAUAAUUAUUUUAUUAAUGUCACCGUACCUAUGACAGAUACAGAGCGUUAUGAAAUUAAGUAUUUAGAUGAAAUAGAUAGAGGAGAUCCUUUUAUUACUAGUGAUGAAAAAUAUCAAGAUAAAUGUGUAAAAGAAACUAAAAAUAUUCUUAAAAAAAUUAAAUUGGUUAAACCUGAAAUAUAUAAUAGUGAUGAAUUUUAUGAAGUUUUAUAUUCAAAAAAAUUUGAUGAAAUUGAAGUUGAAAAAGAUAUUAAAAAAAUUUAUCAACAGGUAAAGAAAUAUGUAUUAGAUGAAAUUGAAGUUGAAGAAAUAUGUAUUAGAUGAAAUAAAAAUAGAUGAAAAAGUAGAUAAAAUAAUAAGAAUAUGAAAUAUAAUUAGUAUAACUAUUAAAUAAAAAAAUGGAUGAAAUCGAAACUACUUCUACAAAAGAGGAUAAAGAUUUUGUAGCUGAUGAUGUAAAUCAAGAAAAAUAUGUUCUUACAGGAGCAGAAUUUAAAAAAUUAAUCAAAAAUGCUAAGAAUCUUGGUGCUGAAUCUCUUGAGUAUUCACCUCGUAAAAAUAAUAAAUACAUGGUUAAACUUCCAGGUGGAAAGAAAGUACAUUUUGGAUCAUCUAAAUAUGAAGAUUAUACUAUUCACAAAGAUAAAGAGCGAAGAGAUAAAUAUCUAUCUCGUGCUAUGAAGAUUAAAAAUAAACAGGGUGAGUUAACUUAUAAUAAUCCAGAAUCUAGUAAUUAUUGGUCAGUUCAUUUACUUUGGCCUAAAAAAUAAAAUUAAUAUUAAUAUAAAGAUUAAAUAAAAUAUUAAUAAAAUGCAAUUGUCAAGUUAUCAAAAAAAUAUUAAAGAAAAUAUUAUCUUUAAUAAAAUCAAAGAGUACAAAGUAAAAGAUAGCAAUAUUAAAUACAAACGUAUUCCAAUUGAAGUAAGAUAUUCAAAUAGUCAAAAAGGACCACUUGUAGUUGAAACUCCAUUUCUUUUUAGUUUUGGUGUCAGCGAAAAUAAAAAUCAAAAAACA